AUAUACUAGUUAUUGCCAAAAGAACCAGGAGAAUCAAAUGCAGUUGAAGUUUUUUUUUUAUAACGACUAGGUAAAGUUUGUAUAGUGCAAGAAAUUAUAAAGCAAGAGAAUAUCUAAAGUCUGUGUAACGAUAUAAUACCACAAAAAAAAUCGUUGUACCAAUCGACACCACGUAUUAAACGAAACCGUAGAUAUAAAAAUAAAGAAGGAAACGUAUAAAUAUAUUUAUGCUUAAGUUAGAUUUAAGAUAAAGUGAUGUGUCUGAAAUUGUAAGUCUGUCGAGAGUGUGUAUUUAUGUGUAUGUUAAUUUUGUUUAAGUACAGUGUUCCCUCUGAAAGCCAGGAAAAGAAAGGUUAAGAUAACCGCAAACCUAAUAAAAAAAAUUGUAGAGUAUAGGUGUAUCUCAGAGAUUACGAUAAAUAAGAAGUUAGAGUUCUCUCCUAGAGCUUAAGUGAAGCGGAAUUUAAAUUAAGCCCGGCAUAGUGGCAGGGACAGUGAAGUACUACCUCAGGGAGCUCCUUUAGGCUAGGAAAUAAUAGUUAAACGGAAGAAUAUAAAAGUAGCUUAAGCCCUAAAUAGAGGUCUGAAAAAAAAAAGGAAAAGUGAGACUGGUAAAUUUGUAAAAUUAUAAAAACGUAUAAAGUGAGAUAUGUUUAUACUGAUAUUUUUUUUUAUUUGGUUCAACAAGAAAAAAGAUUGACGGCUGUAAUAAACCUUUGUGAGGGAAAAUAGAAUCGUGUAAGAUUAAUUAUUUAUUGUUAUAUUUUAUUAAAAAAAAAAAUAGUUUUAAUAAGAUUAGUAUAAGAGAAAAAAAUUCAACAUUUAGCUUUGUUAGUUUAAUAAGUAUAAAUAAAGAUAUGUAUUGAAAUUGGAAUUAGAAAUAAUGAUGAUGGCUUAAUAUUGAAAGGUAAAUGAAGUGAUGGACAGGUAAGUGGGAGUGGAUUUUGGGUCGCUGGAAAAAUCUAAGGAACAGAAUUGCGACUAGGUUGGGAGGGCAGUAAAAGAGGCUGACAUCUGUCUCUAGAGAAUGUUGUGUGUGUGGUGAACAGUAUUUGCUUUUAGUUUCAGUUUUUUUUUUGUUUUUCCUUUUUUUUUGAUUUUGUUUUCAUGUUCGGGUACACGUUUGAUGAGUAAGGGUUGGAACCUCCUGGGAAGACGUACGAGCUAGACGGAAUCCUCAUCAACGGAAAGUAACCGUAACACAUGGUCCUUCGAAGAAACUGAUCUGGUCACCUCAAUACACAAGUCAAGAGAGAAGAUUAAAAACAACCACCAAAAUCAACUCGAUCAACAUAAUGAGCAGGUCCAAUCGACGACUAACCGCCACUCGGGUCCCUAAUGAAAAUCAUAGCCCUAAUGAAGAGAGAAGCGUGGUACCAAGAGACUCAGAGGAGUUCUACUGUGUGUUAUGCACAGGAUAUCACGGGCUCAAGUUCUGUCGAAGAUUUAGAAGGAUGACGCCACAAAAGAGAAGGGUAGUUGAACGACUAGGGUACUGUGUUAAUUGCUUGGCUAGAAGCCACAGCAUCCGGUCAUGUACCUCAAUGGAGGCGUGCUUAAAAUGUGCACAAUUGCACCAUACCCUGUUGCACCCAACAAGAACAGUCAGCCCACGACCGAAAACUACCACCAGCAGCAGUCGACGCAGUCUCGAUAACUCCGAGACCCACCAACAGCAUCGUCAACACCAACAGCUUCGUCAACACCAGCAGCAUCGUCAACACCAUCGUCAAAACCGACAACAUCCACCUCACCCUCAUCAUCACCAACAUCGUUAUUAUGAACAUCGUCAUCAUCAACGUCAUCAACUUCAACAACGCCACCCAACUCCACAACCGCCAGCUCCAGUUGCAUCUCCUGCUACAAAUACAACACCCGCUCCAGAUCAACACAUCUUGGCUGAAGCUAUAAAAUCGUUAGCCAACGUCCUAUGCUAUCAAAGCAAAAAGGAGUAAAUAGGCAAGGUUCGAGGUCGGCGCCAUGUUGAAACCAAUAUUUAAUUGUUUUUUAUAUAUAUUAUUCAAUGAAUGAUUAUUAAAAUUAGUAUUAAGUUACGAAUUGUAUUUUGAAUUAGAAUUAAAGCAUUAUUAGUAGAUUAAGUUUAAUUGUAUUAACUGAAUUAUACAAAAUUAAGUACUAUUUGAAUUUUAUAUAUUAGUAAAUUAAUGGUUAGUAUCUAAUAUAAAAUGAAUUGAAAAUAAGUACUACCUUAAUAUAAUUAAUAUAAAAUAUAAUGAUCAUUAACUAAAAGAUGUUAAUAAUUAAGUAGAUAACAAAUAAUGUUGCUAACGGUUUUUUUAAGAAGAUAAAAGAUUUCCAACCAACUGUUCGGGUUUUGGAAAAGAAGUUAGGUGUAAUUAUAAAAAUAGAAUUUGUAAUCUAGCACUUCUUGCUUAGCAACAGAACUAUUCAGUUCAUUUCAUCCACAAUAACCCAAUAAACUUGAAACAUUUAUAACGUUUUUAGAAAAAAAGAA